CAAAAUCUGUCCAAAAAAGAUUUUCAAAUUGUAUCAUUAAUUUUCUAAAAUCAACUGUGAUUUACAAGUACAACUUUCAUUGUUUCUUCAUCAUCCCAUCCAAAGUGUUUACCUUAUUUUCUAUCUCAUUCUCGUUUCUACCAAAGACUCCUAUCUUACCACCAAUAAUCUGUUCUCUGUAUAAAUGAACUCCAUUCUUGAUGUGAUUUAGAUGCAAUCAACUGUGGUUAUUAAUCAUCCAUUUAACUUCUUUUAAAUUAAUCGGUUUUGGUAAUUUUGAUACGCCAGUGUUUCUUCUACUCUUCGUACUUUGUGAUAUGUCACCUACAAUGCAAACCAUUUGGUUAUAUGAUCUAUGAUUGAUUGUUAUUACAUUAAAUUGACUGGUGACAAGGUUUCUUGGUAACAGAUAAUAAUGCUGGUUGAUUAUUGUUUCGUAGUUUCCUCAACUUGAUUGUUUUACUCUUUGAUUGAGGACAAACAUCAACUUUGCAUUCCUGCCAAUAAGCAUUAUUGAUGUCUGGCUUUGCAUAUCUCAUAUUAAACACCAUUGGAUCUCUCAUCUUAAAAUGAAUCAUGACUUUUACUAUUUAAUAUUGUUUUACAUCUUGCUGAUCAACUUUAAUCUUUUCAUUGUUACUGUUGGACACAUAUGCAACCAUAUUCCACCUAAACAGAAAGAGAUUGGUUUUGUGCACCUAGAGUCAAAAUCUCAUAACCGAAAACAGCGAGAUAUUAACAUCAGUAAUAACUUGCGAAUUAAAGUUCAUUAUGACUCAAGUGCAUUCGAGCUACCUAGAGAUAAAUUCAAUGUAAUUAAUAAUACUAUUUUACCUCAAGCCUUGGACUAUUGGCAAAAAGCUUUGCAAGUAACUCCAUUAGAAACGCCUAUAAUAAUCAGCAGGAAGUGCCCUAAUCAUGAAGUCCUUUUCCCACCAAAAAAUCCUAAACAUCAACAUUGUAUAGAGAAAUGUGAACCAAAGACAACCUGUGGCGAAGUUGUUGUGCCGGAAGAACAUCUCGAUGUUUGUCGAGUGUGUAAUAAAGAAUUUGCUAAUUGCCAUGAUGUGGGAAAACGUCCUAAAGAUGCUGGCGUAAAAGAUGCAGAUUUUGUGUUCUACAUAUCAGCAAUUCAGACUGAACGCUGUCAGAAAGGAGCUACAGUUGCUUAUGCAGCUCAUUGCCAGCAAGAAUCACAGACUGAAAGACCAAUAGCAGGCCAUGCAAAUUUAUGUCCUCGAUCCAUAUCAACGAAACCGCAAGAUUUGGCUACUCUUCUUUCAACAGUUAAACAUGAGAUUCUCCAUGCUCUGGGUUUUUCUAUUUCUUUAUAUGCUUACUUUCGUGAUAAAAAGGGUAUACCUUUGACUCCAAAAGGUAAAAAUGGACGACACGAAGUGAAUAAAGAGCUAAGUGUACCUGAAUGGAGCGAGAAGGUUGUUCGUAAAAUUAAACGAGAUAAAUGGCUGGUCAGAUCUGGUUAUAUGACAAAAGAUAUUCAUAUGGUUGUCACACCUCGAGUAGUGGAGGAGGUUAGAAACCAUUUCAAUUGUUCCAAGCUGGAGGGAGCUGAACUUGAAGAUCAAGGCGAAGAUGGAACCAUUUUGACUCAUUGGGAGAAACGGGUUUUUGAAAACGAAGCCAUGACUGGAACUCACACACAAAGUCCUGUUUACUCUCGCAUAACUUUAGCUUUUAUGGAAGAUACAGGAUGGUAUAAACCAAAUUAUUCAAUGGCUCAACCAUUAGAAUGGGGUAAAAAUCUUGGCUGUGAUUUUGCCAUGAAAAGCUGUAAAGAAUGGAUUGACAAGAGAAGACGUGAUGGUAAAAGCAUUCACCCUUUUUGCGAAAAAGUUAAAGAAGAACCUUUAGAAACUGAAUGCAAUGAUGCUCGAGAUGCGGUUGCAUUGUGCAAUUUAAGAAGAUACGAUGUAAAUUUGCCUCCAUUGUAUCAAAAUUUUGAUUCAAUCAAAGGAGUUGGACAAAAAUUUCUUCUCGAUAGAUAUGGAGGAUCAGUUAGUCUUGCAGAUUACUGUCCGUAUAUCCAAGAAUUUACUUGGAAAUCAAAAGAUGUUGUCGUUCGAGGAUCACAAUGUCAAUUUGUUGAAAACAGUCCACCACAAGAUAAAAAUUUUGCUCUUGAAUCUUACGGUCCUAAUUCGAGGUGUUUCAAUCAUAAAGAAAAGUGGGAAGAACGAGCUUGUUCACAAAGUCGCCAUUGGCAGCAUUGGGGAUCAGGAUGCUACAAGUAUGAAUGCGUUGAUGGUAAAAUACACUUGGAAAUUGCAAACUUAACCUAUGUUUGCGACUAUAAAGAUCAAGAAAUUAAAAUCCAAAGACUAGUUAAUGGAUGGCUUCAUAUGGGAACCAUCAUAUGCCCCUCGUGUGAUGAAUUAUGUCCUAACUCUAUAUGUCGAGAUUUGAUCAAAACCAAAACAGUAUCUGAUAAUGAAAAUAAAAAAGACUAUUUGCAAUGUGGAUCUCAUUAUUAUCAAGCCAACCAAACUGUGAUUCUGGUUCAUUUAAUUUUCUUCUAUUAUUUCUAUUCUUAUUGGAGAUAACAUUUCCUAUGAAAUAGAUUACAAACAAUUUUCCUUUUACCUUUGCACAUAACUUCUUUCUUUUUCCUGUCAAUUUCUUUCUGUAUGUAUUGUAUACAAAAUAAUAUGUUAAACAAUCAAUUUUAUAACAUUGAAUCACUGAAAAGACUGUAAUCAAAUGAGAGAUUAAUCUAUAUAUCAGUGCCUGAUAUUUUGCAGACUCUGAAGUACUCAAUUUUCUAUCUGCAAUUCCAAAUGAUGAACAUAAUAAAAUUAUCCGUUGAAA